AUGUGGAAUGAUACUAAUAAAGGCAAUUCUGGCGGAUCCGAGUCUCAUGACAAAGCUCCGCAAUCACUGAAUAGCAACGGAGCUUCGCAGUCAAUGCUGUCUGAAGCACCACCACCGCCGCCAUAUAGUGUUCAAGAUCCCAUGCUACCUCAUAAUCCUCCUGAGGCAAAUCCCAAUGCAAAUGUAACAGGGCCAACGAUCAUUCCGGGAAAUCCUCAACCUAUGGCAUAUGCCAACGCCCCAAUACAGUAUCAUGUUAAGCAGAAUCAAAGUAAGAAAAGAUCCAAGUAUCCUGGUAAAGUGAAUGCAUCGUAUGGCCAAGCUUAUGGCAACUUACAAGACCAGAUAAAUUCUGGAAGAUAUAAAGGACCUUGA